AAGUAACAAUUUCUAUUUACAAUGUCCUCCGGUACUUUAAGAUUAGGUUCUACUGCCCCAGAUUUCCAAGCUGAAACCUCCAACGGUCCAAUUUCUUUCCAUGAAUUCAUUGGUGAUUCAUGGGUUGUUUUGUUCUCCCAUCCAGAUGAUUUCACCCCAGUGUGUACCACUGAAUUGGGUGCUUUCGCCAAGUUGGAACCAGAAUUCGCCAAGCGUGGUGUUAAGUUGAUUGGUCUUUCUGCCAACAAUGCUGACUCCCACAAGGCCUGGAUCAAGGAUAUUGAUGAAGUCACUGGUUCUCAGUUGUCCUUCCCAAUCAUUGCUGACCCAGAAAGAAAGGUUGCUCACUUAUACGACAUGAUUGAUUACCAAGAUGCCACCAACGUCGAUGACAAGGGUGUCCAAUUCACCAUUAGAUCCGUCUUUGUCAUUGACCCAGCUAAGAAGAUUAGAUUGAUUUUGGCUUACCCUGCUUCUACUGGUAGAAACACUGCUGAAGUUUUAAGAGUUGUUGAUUCUUUACAAACUGGUGACAAGUAUAGAGUUACUACCCCAAUUAACUGGGUUCCAGGAGAUGAUGUUAUUGUCCACCCAUCUGUUUCUAACGAAGAAGCUAAGACUUUGUUCCCUAAGUUCAGAAUCAUCAAGCCAUACUUGAGGUUGACCCCAUUGGAUGUUAAGGAACAACAAUAAGUGUAUUUAGACUGAAUAUAUAUAUAUAUAAGU